CCACCGCCGGUGGCUCCGGUAAUCAUGUCGCAGAAGCGCCAGAAGCAGGAUGAUGUCCAUACUUCACUGCAUGAGGAACAGGAACACGAACAGGAACGACACUCGUAUUCUGAUGCUGGUGGCAGUCGUAAACGUCCUUCUUUCAGAAAUGCAGUGCUGGAGGUGAUGAAGUUCUGUACCAUCCACAAGUAUGUUGAGCCGGUCUUGGAGCCCUUGAUCCGUAGAGUGGUGAGAGAGGAAGUUGAAGUGGCAUUGGAAAAACAUAUGGCUAACAUGAAGUGGGGUUGUGAGGACGAGAUAGAAUCUGUUCUCCCACGAAGCUUACAAUUACAGUUCCUAAGUUCUCUUUCUCUCCCAGUUUUUACUGGAACCCGUAUCGAAGGGGGGGACUGCAAUAUGCUAAAAGUAGCGUUAAUCGAUGCUCAUACCGGGAAAACAGUUUCCAGCGGGAUUGAGUCAUCAGCAAAACUGGAAAUAGUGGUUCUUGAGGGAGACUUUGAUGACGAUGUAGAUGACAAUUGGACACUUGAAGAGUUCAGUGCAAACAUUAUUAGGGAGAGGCGAGGGAAGAAACCACUUCUUUCUGGAAAUGCACUUUUAAAUCUCAAAGACGGCAUAGGUCUAGUGGGUGAUCUUUACUUCACGGAUAAUUCAAGCUGGACAAGGAGCCGUAGAUUCAGGCUGGGAGCACGAGUUGUGGAUAAUUGUGAUGGAAUCAGAGUGAGAGAAGCGAAGUCAGAAUCGUUUGUUGUCAGAGAUCAUCGUGGGGAAUUAUACAAGAAACAUCACCCCCCCUAUCUGUCUGAUGAGGUAUGGAGACUGGAAAAAAUCAGCAAGGACGGAGCUUUUCACAAGCGGUUGCACAAGGAAAAGAUCAAAACAGUGAAAGAUUUCUUAGUUCUUUUCUUCCUGGACCCAGAAGGGCUUCGACAUAUCCUCGGCCCUGGUAUGUCUACAAAAAUGUGGGAAGUUGUGGUGGAGCAUGCUACAAGAUGUGUGUUAGAUGAUAACAAGUUGUACUUGUAUUGUCCUCAAUCUCAGAAAAGGGAUGGCGUUGUGUUUAAUCUCGUGGGACAAGUCCUUGGACUUAUUUCAGGUGGCAAGUAUGUUGUUUCCGACAAGCUCUCUGAAACCGAAAAGACCGAAGCCCACAAGUUGGUGAUAUCUGCAUUUCACCACUUGGACAAAGUUCUUUCCUAUGAUGAUGAAGCUUCUCUUAGAGCUGGUACUUGCUCUUUAACCGAAGAUCUUUAUCCCUCAGACACCCAAAUGAUAUCAGGAAAUCCCGAAGCCAAUGAUUCCCUUCAGAAAGACCGAUUUGAUUACCCACAGAUGACAACUCCAUCCCUCUAUUCAGUUGGUGACAUGAGUAGCUUGGGUGAAUAUGGCUUGAACCACAUGGGCUCUAUCGAUGUUGGGUUUGAUCAGCCAAUAGACUUCCAAUGCCAUGUGGAUAACACCUUGAUUUGUGACCCUGGCUCAUCGAUGCAUCUGCAGUAUCUUGGCACUUCUUCUCCUGGUUAUCUGCAGUGUGCAGUUGACAGGUUUUUAUUUCCCUGUUCGGCCAUUGGCAAAGCUCAGAGGAGAUGGAAGAUCGUGUCGAGUGUCGUAAAAUGGUUCUCGCUCAUGUUGGAGAUACGCAAGGGAGAUAUAUCAUCAAAUGCUCAAAUGAUGGAUGAAAAUGCCCGGUUUUAGAGAGACACAGAAGUUCAAAUUCAUGGUUUCGUGCGUAUAUACAGCAGGGUUUUGCUGUUCUAAGGUUCGAUUUGGCUCUCUACUCGAAUCCAUGAUCCGGAACAUCGACAAUGAUGUUGGAUUGCUGGUUCAAUGGUCUACGGGAACUCCCUUUGGCCAACUCUAAUCACCCGACAACACGGUCAGUUUGAGCUCAUAAUCCACUUCGACGUUAAAGGUGACACCAUCGAAAAGGGUAAAAGUUGGUUGUUAUAGCAAGACAACAUGCAUGUACAUAUUGUUUUUGGUCAUUCAUGUUUAUCUUCUAUUUAUGUGUCAAUUGUUAUUUUAUAAAAUUCUUCGGACUCGUGGGUCUCUUCAGGUCUAA